AAGGAGAAGGAGAGAGAAUGGAAGAGGUCCAGUUGGGUCUUUUUCUCUACUUGGAUUUGGUAUUGGAAAAGUCAUUGUGAAAUAGUGUGAAAGUGAGAUAAAGCUCUCAUGGCCUUUUCCUUUUCUGUUUUCCUUUUGAGACCCUUUUGGGUUUUAAAGUUUUUUUUUUUAUAAUUUUUCCUCUGGGUCCUUUUCAUUCCUGCCAAACUUUUAGUCAAGGGGAGCAGAAAAGGAAGGAAAUUUAGGGUUUUUCCUACAGCCGUAGUAUAGAUAAACCCAUGAUGUGAUUGUGUUUUUACAAAGAAAGGGGUUUGGUUGGUUGUGUUUGAAGUUUUGAACUGGGAAUCACAAAAAAGAAAAGGCCUUUUCUUGUCUUCUUCCUCUUUUUCUCUCUUCCAUCUGAAAACAAAUUCUAUACAGUCAUGCAUGGGAGUUGACAAAGGAGGCAGCUUUUUUAUUCUGUUUCUACUUCGGAAUCGAAAUAUCCGACCUUUUUAACGCUUUAGCUCAAUCUGGCAAAAAAUCUGUACAAGGUCAAUGACUGAAUAUAUAUUUUUCUUUUAAGAGAAAAUCUGGUUAUAUAUACCUUUUUGAUAGUGACGGUGACUGUUGCUAACAGAACCUGCGGAGACAGAAGGGCCAAAUAGAGCCAGGCCAAUUCAGAUAGAGCAAAAGAGAGAGAGAGAGAGAGAGAUUUAAUAUUUUAUUUGUUUAUUGGUUUUCUGUUUGUCCCCAGUUUUGAUGAAUUUUGGAGGUUUGAUCAGUAAUAGUGGAGGUGUUGGGGGUUCAAGAGUUGUGGCUGAGAUUGAUCCACACAGCAGUGGUGGUGCCAUUGCUCAACCGCACUUUAUUCCCAAUUCAAUGCAGACUUCCUCUGCCCUCUCCCUUUCAAUAGUGCAGAAAAACAUGGAUGGGCACAAUGAACUUGACCUGAUUGCUGAGAGUUUUGACCCCGGGAUUAUUGGGAGGUUGAGGGAAGAGGAGUUUGACCAGAGCCGGUCAGGCAGUGACCACUUUGAUGGGGCAUCCGGUGAUGAUCAAGACCCUGUCGACGAGGAUGAUCGGCCACGGAGGAAGAAGAAGUAUCAUCGUCAUACCCCCAGCCAAAUCCAAGAACUGGAAUCUUUCUUUAAGGAAUGCCCACAUCCUGAUGAAAAGCAAAGGUUGGACCUCAGCAGGAGGCUUGGCUUGGAGACUAAGCAAGUCAAGUUUUGGUUCCAGAAUAGAAGAACUCAAAUGAAGACUCAACUGGAGCGCCAUGAGAAUAUAAUUCUUAGGCAAGAGAAUGACAAGCUCCGAGCUGAGAAUGGUGUGAUGAAGGAAGCUAUGUCAAAUCCAAUAUGCCACAACUGUGGUGGCCCUGCCAUUCCUGGCCAAAUUUCAUUUGAUGAACACCAACUGAGGAUUGAGAAUGCUCGACUGAAUGAUGAACUGAGUCGAAUUUGUACUUUGGCACAAAAGUUCUUGGGCAGGCCCAUUUCAAACUUGGCUGCUCCCCGCUCUCUUCCAAGCUCGACUGCCGGUCUAGACCUGGCGAUGGGAAUAAAUGGGAUGGGUUGUUUGAAUGCUGGAGCCAGCAAUCAGUUAUCGAUGGGGUUCGAGUUGGGAGAUGGUGUUGGAAGCUCUUCACCUGUGAUGCCUCUAAUGAAACCGGUUAUGGGAAUGCCAAAUGAUUUGCAGCAUAUGACUGAUAGACAUGUUUACCUGGAGCUUGCAGGCGAAGCUAUGGAUGAAUUGGUUAGGAUGGUUCAAGCAGAUACCCCUUUGUGGAUGAAAAGUUCAGAUGGUGGAAGCGAAACAUUGAACGUGGAGCUGUACAGGACAUUUUCUUGUAUCAGUACCAGGCAAAGUGGCUUGGUAACUGAUGCUUCAAGGGAUUCUUGUAUGGUGAUCAUAAACAGCUUGGCUCUUGUAGAGACUAUGAUGGAUGCGAAUCGAUGGACAGAUAUGUUCCCUACUUUGGUUGCUAGAGCCUCCACCAUUGGCAUGAUUUCCAGCGGCCCAAACGGAACCAGAAAUGGUACUAUUCAAAUGAUGCAUGCCGAGCUUCAAAUGCUUUCGCCAUUGGUUCCAGUCCGUCCACUCAAGUUCCUCCGUUUUUCCAAGCAGCAUGCAGAGGGUGUGUGGGCUGUUGUCGAUGUUUCCAUUGACAUCCAGCAAGAUGCUUCCAGUGUGAACUGCCGGAGGCUUCCUUCUGGCUUCAUUGUGCAAGAUAUGCCCAAUGGUUACUCCAAGGUGACUUGGAUAGAACAUUUAGAAUAUAAUGAGAGUGGUGUUCACCAAUUGUUACAGCCAUUACUACGUUCUGGUAUUGGCUUUGGUGCACAGAGGUGGCUUGCCACUCUCCAGAGGGAAUGUGAGUCCCUGACUUUCCUCAUGUCCUCUACCAAUCCUAAUGAAGUUCCUAGAGCAGGGUUAAGUAUGAAUUCAAAGAAAAGCAUGCUAAGGUUGGCACAGCGGAUGAUGCAAAGCUUUUGUUCUGGGGUUUGUGGCUCAUCAGUGCGCCAGUGGGACAAACUCUGUAUUGAUAAUGUUAGUGACAACGUGAGGGUAAUGGUGCGUCAGAGUUUGGAGGUCGGUGAGCCAUCUGGCUUCGUGUUGAGUGCUGCAACAUCUGUUUGGAUGCCAGUAUCAAGGUCAAGACUGUUUGAUUUCUUGCGAGACUGGCAAUUAAGGGGGCAGUGGGACAUUUUGGUCAGCUGUCGUCCACUGCAAGCCAUGGUUCAGGUUGACAAGGAUCACGGAGGUGGCAACAGUGUUUCUCUCUUUAAUGCCAAGGGUCUUGAUGCCAAUAACAAUAAUAACAUGCUGAUGUUCCAAGAGACUAGGACGGAUGCUUCAGGGUCAAUAGUUGUGUAUGCACCGAUCACUUCAACAAGUUCAGAUAUCAUGAGGGAUGUUGUGUACGAGGGUGGAGAUUCUACUUAUGUAGAACUCUUACCAUCAGGAUUUGCAAUCCUUCCUUGUGUUACUUCUGACCAUGUCAAAGGAGAAGGAAAUGGCUCUGAUGAUGGGGGAUGUCUGCUGACAGUUGGAUUCCAAAUUGUGUGUGAUGGUGGCCAACCAACAUCCAAGCUCACUAUGCACUCGGUUAAGACUGUUAUUGAUCUUAUCUCCUCCACCAUUCAGAAGAUCAAAAGUGCCCUUCAAAUAAAUGAUGGCCCUUGAAAUACAUGAUGUUCGUGACUGGUUAGUUUAGUUUAGUUUACCUUGUCUUUGUCCUUGGGUUUUGGGAAAGAAAAUACAGGAGAUUAGAAAAUGAGAUGGAUGUAAAACCUUUGCAUUCAAGGGUUUCGAGUCAAGAACGAACCGCAUUUUCAGCUGAUACUGGUGCUAUUGCUUAUUAGGGAUAAAUGGUCUGACUUCAAGCUUCUAAAAAACAAUGGUUCGGGUAUUGACUCAGUGGACCUGCAAUAUGUUUAUUAUGUUUGUUGGUUAUACCAUACAGAACUGUGGAAAUCAAGCAGCGACCAACCUUUUGUUUGCGAAAUGUUAAUUAUUGUCUAAUUUUGUUUGGUUUCGUCUGCCUCU